UUUAUCAACCAUCCACAAGUGUCGGCUAUUUUGGACGAAGAAGAAGAGGAAUGCCUGCAUGCUCUUACCAAAUUGGAGGUUGAGGAAUUCGAAGACAUUAAAUCGGGAUACCGCAUUCAUUUUUACUUCGACGAAAAUCCCUAUUUUGAAAAUAAGGUGCUUACUAAAGAGUUCCAUUUAGGUUCGGGAAAUGCGGAAAACAGUGAUUGUCCAUCAUCAACGAGCACACCCAUUCAAUGGAAGGACGGUAAAGAUCUUAUAAGAUCAUGCAUGACCAAGCCGUAUCAACAAAACAAACGGAAAAGACCCGCGGACUAUAAGACAUUUUUCGAUUGGUUCUCAGACAACACUGAUCCAGUUAAUGAUGAGAUUGCUGAAUUAAUCAAAGAUGAUCUCUGGCCCAAUCCUCUUCAGUAUUAUUUGGUACCUGAUAUUGAAGUGGAGCCAGAAGAUGAUGAAGACGAUAAUGAGGACAAUGAGGAGGAACUUUUUGACGAUGACGAUGGGGAAGGCGAAGAAGACGAUGAAGACGUAGCUUAAAGCUGAUGGGUUGAGCCGCUAAUCGGAGGACGAUAACUUCACAAAUGGGACUUAAAAGCCAACAGUUUGUAUGCAAUUGGGGUGAAAAGCGAAUUAAAUUAAGGUUAGGACUUAGCAUUUAUCAAAAUGAACGAAUAUACGGCUCAAAACUAUAUAUACAUAGUUUUCUGAAUAAAAAUCUCCAAAUAUUAAAGAAGAAAAAGUUUGUUCAAUGAAUGCCGGGUAGGCUAACCAAAAAUUGCAGUUUUUAUAAUUUAUGUCCAAGGGAACUAUGAAUAAACUGCACCUUUUUAGACGGAA